CGUAGCAGAACUCGUAGCCCUCAAUGGUAGGAGGCUGCGUGUGAGAGCAAGGCCGGGAAAAAUGGCGGCGCCCGUCCUGAGAGUGUCCACCCCUCGAUGGGAAAGAAUAGUCAGGUUCCUUGUAUGCCUACUUGGCAUUAUGUUAUCUUUAUACGCCUUUCAUGUAGAACGAGAAAACGAAAAGGACUCGAAAUAUCGGGCACUAUGCGACCUGAGCAACUCAAUAAGCUGUUCCAAAGUCUUCACCUCCAGAUGGGGGCGAGGAUUCGGGCUCCUGGGCUCCAUCUUUGGAAAUGACAGCGCGAUGAACCAGCCAAACAGUGUGUACGGAAUCAUCUUUUACAUCUUGCAGCUGUUGCUUGGAAUGACGGUGAGUGCCAUGGCAGCCCUGAUCCUCAUGAGUACGUCCAUCGCCUCGGUGAUGGGAUCCCUCUACCUGGGGUACAUUCUCUACUUCGUUCUGAAGGACUUCUGCAUCAUCUGUGUCACCACAUACGCACUGAACUUCAUUCUCUUUGUCCUCAACUAUAAGCGACUUGUUUACUUGAAUGAGGCUUGGAAGCAACAGCUUCAAGCUAAGCAGGACUGAGAAGAAGAAAAACAACAACAAACCAACAAAGAAGGAAAAAAAAUGUGACCUCUGAACUUUUGACUUGCCACCAGGAGACCUUGCUUCCAUACAAUGUUCAUUCUGUGUCUAAAAAAAAAAAUUGUGAAAAAUUAGGGGCCAGAGAUCACAAGUCGCAAAAACAAAGGAAGGAUUUAAAAACGGAAAAAAAAUAUCUAUUUGUCCAUAUUCGCUUUGUUAGAUUCCCUUACUCUACCCAAAACGAAUACUCAUAUAAGGGAUGGGGUUAAAAGAUGAAGAAGAAGAAAAUAAAAGAAAAAAAAACACAAAUAAGCACUUGCAGAAUCUCCAGUACUGAUCAUGGAUGACAUCCUGCUACUGAAGAGAAAGUCGAGGCCGAGAGAAGCGAGACACAUCGGUGUAACAGGACGAGGCGUGACGUGGCGAUGGUGAUGAUGGCGAUUACUUGAAACCAAGGGGACAGUCCUGCUCCCAGGUUCCCAAACUGUACUGAGAGGAGACGAAUUAUGGGUUCAACAAAAAUAAACAUGCAUGAUCAUGA